AACGACCGUGGAGGAGCCGCCGGCACGGCAAGAAGAUGAAAUUCCCCUUCCAUUGGCUUCUCGUUGAGCAGGCACAAUAACAUUUCCCUUGGAGAGACUUGCCGUAAAAACUCUUUUGGUUAUGGCUACUGACCCAACGUGAUUGCGCGCGCGGCGACUUCGGAACUCAUGACUGGCUAUACGAUGUUGCGCAAUGGGGGAGUGGGGAACGGAGGCCAGCCCUGGGUGUUGAGGUGGUCCAGUCGGAUCCGGCUCACCUGGCUCAGCUUCACCCUCUUCGUCAUCCUCGUUUUCUUCCCCCUCAUUGCCCACUACUACCUGACCACCAUCGACGACGCGGACGAUGCCGGCAAACGCAUCUUCGGCCCCCGCACCGGCAACGAGCUGUGCGAGGUGAAGCACGUGCAGGACCUGUGCCGCAUCCGCGAGUCGGUCAGCGAGGAGCUGCUCCAGCUCGAGGCCAAGCGGCAGGAGCUCAACAGCGAGAUCGCCAAGCUCAACUUGAAGAUCGAGGCGUGCAAGAAGAGCAUUGAAAAUGCCAAGCAGGACCUGCUGCAGCUGAAGAACGUCAUCAGUCAGACUGAGCAUUCCUACAAAGAGCUGAUGGCUCAGAACCAGCCCAAGCUCUCCUUGCCCAUCCGGCUGCUGCCAGACAAGGAUGAUGUGACCUUCCCCCUGCCAAAAUCCAACAGGAACUGCAGGCUGCACAACUGCUUUGACUACUCACGCUGCCCGCUGACAUCUGGCUUUCCAGUCUAUGUCUACAACAGUGACGAUUACCCUUUUGGUAGUUCCUUAGACCCUUUGAUUAAACAGGCCUUUGAGGCGACUGUCAGAACUAACGUUUAUGUUACUGAGAAUGCAAAUAUUGCUUGUGUGUAUAUAAUUUUAGUGGGGGAAAUGCAAGAGCCCGUAAUGCCAAAACCUACUGAACUAGAGCAACAGUUGCACUCUUUGCCAUAUUGGAGGACUGAUGGACACAACCAUCUCAUCAUCAAUCUCUCGAGGAAGUCGGAAACUCAGAACUUCAUGUACAACAUCAGCACGGGGCGCGCCAUGAUCGCCCAGUCCACCUUUUACGACGCCCAGUAUCGACCGGGGUUUGACAUUGUGAUAUCGCCUCUGGUCCACGCCAUGUCCGAGCCCAACUUCCUAGAAAUCCCACCCCAGGUGCCGGUCAAGCGUAAGUACCUGUUCAGUUUCCAGGGGGAGAAGAUCGAAUCUCUCCGCUCCAGCUUGCAGGAGGUUCGUUCUUUCGAGGAGGAGAUCGAAGGCAACGCCCCGGCCGACUACGACGACCGGAUCAUCACCACCUUGAAGGCUGUUCAGGACAGCAAGCUGGACUUUGUUCUGGUGGAGUUCACCUGUAAGAACCAGCCUAAGGCGAGUCUGCCCACUGAGUGGGCUCUGUGUGGAGAAAGGGACGACAGACUAGAGCUACUGAAGCUUUCUACUUUUGCACUGAUCAUCACCCCCGGGGACACCCAUUUAGUGAUCUCCGCCGGGUGCACCAUGAGACUGUUUGAGGCCCUGGAGGUCGGGGCCAUCCCGGUGAUUCUCGGAGAGCAAGUUCAGCUACCCUACAACGAUGUGAUCCGGUGGAACGAGGCAGCCUUAAUUAUACCAAAGCCACGUAUCACAGAAGUGCACUUUCUUCUGAGAAGCAUUUCUGACAAUGAUCUCCUUGCCAUGAGGAGGCAGGGCCGCUUCUUGUGGGAGACCUACUUCUCCACCUCCGACAACGUCUUCAGCACGGUCUUAGCUAUCAUAAGGACUCGAAUCCAAAUCCCAGCUGCUCCUAUCCGAGAAGAACCCGCUGUGGAGAUCCCCCACCGCUCUGGCAAAGCUGCUGGUACAGACCCCAACAUGGCAGACAAUGGUGACCUGGACUUGGGGCCUGUGGAAACAGAGCCACCCUAUGCCUCUCCCAAAUAUCUCCGCAAUUUCACCCUCACCGCCAUGGAUAUCUACAGGAAUUGGAAUUCUGCCCCGGGGCCUUUCCACCUCUUCCCCUACACUCCCUUUGACCCCGUUUUACCAUCAGAAGCGAAAUUUUUGGGGUCUGGGACUGGAUUUCGACCCAUUGGUGGAGGAGCAGGUGGCUCUGGGAAGGAGUUCCAGGCUGCUCUGGGUGGUAACGUCCCACGGGAGCAGUUCACCGUGGUGAUGUUGACUUACGAGCGGGAGGAAGUGUUGAUGAACUCCCUAGAAAGGCUCAAUGGUCUCCCCUACUUAAAUAAAGUUGUGGUGGUGUGGAACUCACCCAAGCUUCCCUCCGAGGAUCUCUUGUGGCCAGACAUCGGCGUCCCCAUCAUGGUGGUGCGCACGGAGAAGAACAGCCUCAACAAUCGCUUCCUGCCCUGGGACCAGAUCGACACCGAGGCCAUCCUGUCCAUCGAUGACGACGCUCACCUGCGCCACGAUGAGAUCAUGUUCGGCUUCAGGGUGUGGAGAGAGGCCAGGGAUCGCAUCGUGGGCUUCCCUGGGCGCUACCACGCCUGGGACAUCCCCCACCAGUCCUGGCUCUACAACUCCAACUACUCCUGUGAGCUCUCCAUGGUGCUCACUGGUGCUGCCUUCUUCCACAAGUACUACGCAUACCUGUACUCCUACGUGAUGCCCCAGGCCAUCCGGGACAUGGUGGACGAGUACAUCAACUGCGAGGACAUCGCCAUGAACUUCCUCGUGUCCCACCUGACCAGGAAACCUCCCAUCAAGGUCACCUCCCGCUGGACCUUCCGCUGUCCUGGCUGUCCCCAGGCGCUGUCCCACGACGAUUCCCACUUCCACGAGCGGCACAAGUGCAUCAAUUUCUUUGUGAAGGUGUACGGGUACAUGCCCCUGCUCUACACCCAGUUCCGCGUCGACUCCGUUCUCUUCAAGACCCGCCUGCCCCACGACAAGACCAAAUGCUUCAAGUUCAUCUAGGAAUGGGAGCAGAGUGGGAGCAGAGUGGGAGCAGAGUGGGAGCAGCUGGACACUCCCAGCUGGCAGGAGAGGCUGGCACGGGGCUGCUUUGUGGGGCUGUGAGUGUUGUUUGCUGUGGACUCCGCCGGCAAACAGGACUGGGACGGGCACUUCCCUCCUUCCCUGAGCUCCCCCAGGGCUCACCCACACAGGGAAUGGGAUCCCAUGGCUCCUGUAAGGACACUCCCAUGUGGAGUGGGACACUCCCACGGAUCGUACACUGAGGAAUGGCUCGCUGGCCACUGGCUCUGCCCCUUCGCUAGCCAAGGGCAGCCGUUCUUUUUAAUUAUAAUUAUUGUUAUUUAAAAUGAAAGUGUUUUAGAUUUGCCGCCUGAGGCGCUUUUUUGUUUUCUUUUCUUUUCCCUCCCCUCUCCCCACCCCAUUUCCCCCUCUGGACCCUUCAGCCCAUCCCAGGGGACCUAAGCAAGGCCAGGUUGGAGGUGUUUGGGUGCAGCAUCAGGGCAGCUCCUGUCACCACUGCUGUCCCUCCCCAUCCUUCCUCCCAUGGCACAGCCCUUCCCACCCACCAGAUCCUGGCUUCUCUUGCCCUGUGGCUACUACUGAGGCCUCUCAGGUGUCACCUGGUGAGGAGCCCUUUUUCUCUGCUCUGCUCUGCUCCCCACCCUGAGCCCCUGGAGAGGGGCAGGGUUGGCCUGGAUGAUCCUUCCUGGCCCCAGCUCUGGCCUGGUGCUGUUCCCCUGCAGCCCAGGGGGUUCAGUUGCUGCUGUCUCUGUUUUUUCCCACCUUGUCCUGCUGAUCCUCUCAAGGCAAGGAGUGUGUUUGGGGCUUAGGGAAGAUCCAGCAGCAGCAGCAGAGCCAUGGCUGGGGGUGCUCCAGGCUGCUGGAGGCUCUGACC